AUGGUGUGCAUCAGGAAAGCAACAGUAGAUGACCUGUUAGCUAUGCAAGAAUGCAAUUUGUUCUGCCUGCCGGAAAAUUACCAGAUGAAAUACUAUUUCUACCACAUACUCUCCUGGCCGCAGCUUCUCUACGUUGCGGAGGACUACAAUGGCAAAAUCGUGGGCUAUGUUUUGGCCAAAAUGGAAGAGGAGAGCUCCGAGUGCCAUGGCCACAUCACCUCGCUUGCCGUGCUCAGGACGCACCGGAAACUUAGCCUCGCGACUAAGCUCAUGACUGCUGCCCAGAAUGCCAUGGAACAGGUGUACGGCGCAGAGUAUGUGUCCCUGCAUGUAAGGAAAGGCAAUAAGGCUGCAUUUAAUUUGUAUACAGAGACAUUAGGGUACACGAUUCAUGAUGUGGAAGCGAAAUACUAUGCAGAUGGGGAGGAUGCAUAUGAUAUGAGGAAGCAAUUGAAGGCAAGGAAACAUCACCACCACCACCACCAUCAUGGUGGUGUGUGUUGUUCCGGGGAUUUGAAGCCUGGUGAGAAGACUGGAUCAGCAGAAGCCCAAGCAUAG